AUCUCUCUCUCUCUCUCAUUGCGAUUUCAGGAAAAUGGCUGAGGCCAGUAUUUCAGUAGAUCAGCUUUCUGUGGACCAGUUCAUGUGUCCAGUGUGUCUGGAUCUCCUGAAGGAUCCGGUGACUAUCCCCUGUGGUCACAGUUUCUGUAAGGUGUGUAUUAAUGGCUGCUGGGAUCAGGAGGAUCAGAAGGGCGUCUACAGCUGUCCUCAGUGCAGAGACACUUUCACGACAAGGCCUGUUCUACGCAGAAACAACAUGCUGGAUGAAGUGGUGGAGAAACUGAAGAAGAAGACUGAAGUCCAAGCUGCUUCUCCUGCUCACUGUUACGCUGGACCUGGAGAUGUGGAGUGUGAUUUCUGCACCGGGAGAAAACACAAAGCCGUCAAGUCCUGUCUGAUUUGUUUGACUUCAUUUUGUGAAAUUCAUCUGAAACCUCAUCUUGAACGUCCUGCUUUGAAAAAACACACAUUAAUUGAAGCCUCAGCAAAACUCCAAGAGAAGAUCUGCUCUGAACAUAACAAGCUGAUUGAGAUCUACUGUCGUACUGAUCAAACCUGCAUCUGUUAUUUGUGCAUGUUGGAGAAACAUAAAAACCAUGACGCUGUUUCAGUUGCAACAGAAAGAGCUGAAAAACAGUUUCACUGCAACCGAACUGCUGUUUUCGUGACCACGCCCCCAGCGCGGAUAUUCAUGUUCACAUUGUUCAGUUUGUUUUUCUCUUUUAUUUUAGAUUUCUGUUAUCUGACUCUGGAUCCCAACACGGCACAUCGUCACCUCAUUCUGUCUGAGAAGAACAGAGCGGUGAGACGCAGUGAGAGAGAGCAGCGUUACUCUGAUCAUCCAGAGAGAUUUGAUUCCUGGCAGCAGGUGUUGUGUAAGGAGAGUGUGUGUGGACGCUGUUACUGGGAGGUGGAGUGGAGCAGUGAUGAUGUUGUGUACAUAUCAGUCUCAUAUAAAGACAUCAGCAGGAAAGGACGGGGUAAAGAGUGUCGGUUUGGAUGCAACAAUCAGUCCUGGAGUCUGUGCUGUUCUUCUUUUUCUUCUCUCUCUUUCUGGCACAACAGCAUUAAGACUGAUCUCAGAGUUCCAUCAGCCUCCAGAAUAGGAGUGUACGUGGAUCACAGUGCAGGAACUCUGUCCUUCUACAGCGUCUCUGACACGAUGAAGCUCCUCCACAGAGUCCACACCACAUUCACUCAGACUCUAUACGCUGGGUUUGGGUUCAGGUUCGGGCUCUUCUGGUUUCCUGGUUCAGUGAGAUUGUGUGAUCCAGAAUAAAAGUGUGUAGUGUUUUCUGUAAAAUUCCUGCACAUUGCCACGUUGUUGCUCAGUCGUCUGUUUCACUAGAACACAAUCCAGCUGCACAAAAACACUCAUUUUAAUAUUUAGAUUAUAAAAUAUGCCGAUGUCGUGUUCAUCCCAUAUUCAGCCUGGAUGAUGAUUGGUCCGCAGAUAGAACCUUAUAAAUCCAGGUUUAUCUGUGAGUUUGGGAUUUUUAUUCAAAUUAUUUGGAUAAAAAUAAGGCCAAACGUGAGGUCGGCGCUGAUCUGAGGAGAAUUAAAAUGACGGGUGGGUGGGUAGAGAUUGGGUUAUAACACUGAUGUGUUGCAACACCAUCAACUAUCAGUAGGGUUUAUUUAACUUUUUUUUGUUUUUGAGCCAUGCUUUGUGUCGUUCAUUUCCUAUGUUUGAUCAUGUUUAAACGUUUGCUGUCUAGAGUGCGGCAUUAAAAAAAACAUGCGCUGUCAAAAUUGGCAAAAUACAUUCCCAUGUGCUUGGCGUGCUUGUGUCUGACCAUUUCUGUUUUGUAUUAAAUUAAAUCUUGCCAAAAUUACUUAGUUCAAACCUGGACAUAUAGAAAUAGAGCAUGUUAAAAAAAAAACGAAAAAAUAAACCCCGGAAAGCCCGCUCCUCUGCUUCAGCCAGACUUGAAGACCCGACGGUGCAAUGCUUGCAGACUGUCAGAAGUAAUUAAACCUAAAUUUCAUCUCAUCUCAUUGUCUCUAGCCGCUUUAUCCUGUUCUACAGGGUCGCAGGCAAGCUGGAGCCUAUCCCAGCUGACUAUGGGCGAAAGGCGGGGUACACCCUGGACAAGUCGCCAGGUCAUCACAGGGCUGACACAUAGACACAGACAACCAUUCACACUCACAUUCACACCUACGGUCAAUUUAGAGUCACCAGUAAACCUAACCUGCAUGUCUUUGGACUGUGGGGGAAACCGGAGCACCCGGAGGAAACCCACGCGGACACGGGGAGAACAUGCAAACUCCACACAGAAAGGCCCUCGCCGGCCCCGGGGAUCGAACCCAGGACCUUCUUGCUGUGAGGCGACAGCGCUAACCACUACACCACCGUGCCGCCCAGACCUAAAUUUAUAGCUAACAAAUCAGCAGAUGCCCCAACAAUUAUUAUUUUCAUUAGGCCAAUGUGUAAGGUAUGUUAGAACCGUGCCUUAUAGCCUACGUUAUAUCACAAUUUAAAGGACGUUUGAGGAGUUGGAGGCUGCAAGCGCAAUGAUGUUCCGACAUGCGCUAAACUUUAUUCCCUGAAAAUCAUACACCAGCGUUCAAUGCCCCAAACAGUCAAAAUGUCUAGAAGACUACGGUUAAAUAAUAAUCAUAGCCUACUAAGUUAAAUUACGUCAAAACAUCUGUUUCUGGCCUAUGAAAUGAUGGAGGAAAAUGAGAACGAACGCAAAGUAGAUAGCAGCCAACUUCACACGAUCUUUUAGGUAAUUAACACUCGUGUUGGCCACAAUAUUUCUCUUAAUAAAAUCUUGAAUUGUUUUUGAAGUCGUAUUCAACACAGUUAGGUCAAACCCCAAUUUUAAUUUAAGCGAAGAUCCAAAAUUUUUCUAUAUUGACGUUCGGCACAGAGGAGCAUGUCAUUCUGCUUUCGGUUUCGGCAGCAUGGAUGCGCUUUGCAUGAAAGAAGGCACUGAUGUGUCUGCCAUUGAUAAAGGUGUAAAAAACAAGUGGAGGUGGGCUUGGCUGUACGAAAUAGGUGAAAACGGAAAGCCAUUUAGUUCAUGGUGCAAAAAAACUAAACAUUUGUGCAGUUUGCCACAAAAAAAUAAUAUACGGAAGCAAUAGAAAGAAAGUGCUGUCGUGCCAUCAACUGGAAGCCAGCCACAAGGCCAAUGUAAGGGGUCUUCAGCACACCUCUUCUUUCCCAGGAGCAAAUCUCACCUCAACGGAGGUCAGUCCAUCUAUGACUGAUCGUGUCUGUGCACAGAAAAUACGUGUCUGUGCUUUUAUCUCAAAAACAAACAAUGGUGAAGAAUCACUCAACAAUAAAUUGAAUAUAUUAAUCCAUUAAUUAAUUGAUAAAGUUAUCAGUUCUAAGUUAACCAUUCUCAGAAUUUCAUCGAAAUCCACCCAUAACGCCCCCAUAAAUUUUCAGUCAAAUUUUUUUUUUUUUUGCUUUAAUCCAUGCAAAUAUUACAAUCAAAGCUUUGCAGAAUAAAAGAUAAGAGCACAGGAGAAUAAAGUUUCCCCCAGUGAUGGAGUUUCUGUGCUGAACUCAUUUUCAGACAGAAGCUUUUAAUACUGAGGUCAGGAUGUCAGCAAGCUGCUGUAUUGAUACGCAACGGGGUUUUUCUCCACUUUGGAUGGAUAUUUUUAGAUGAUUUAAUC